UCAUCACUGCUCCUUCUUUUCGAACCAUUCUCAGCCUCUCAGGUCAGCCACAUUCCAUCUGAAUUCUAUUCAACAACACCUUAUUACUUUGCCAUGUCCCUAACACCCGCGGCCAUGCGCCGUUUGAUGCGCGAGAUCACCGAGUUGAAGAACAAUCCUCCGGAGGGCAUUCGCGUCGUCACGAGUGAGGAGAAUAUGCUAGACCUCACAGGAAUUGUCGAGGGACCAGAACAAACACCGUACGCAGGCGGGUAUUUCAGGGUGCGGUUCCAAUUUACACACGAAUUCCCCACUGCACCCCCCAAAUGCUGGUUUGCAACCAAGAUUUUCCACCCAAACGUCUCUUCCGCGGGAGAGAUUUGUGUGAACACGUUGAAGAAGGACUGGCAACCGUCAUAUGGCAUCGGUCACAUUCUCGUGACAAUCAAAUGCCUCCUUAUUUAUCCAAAUCCCGAGAGUGCCCUCGACGAGGAAGCAGGGAAGCUCCUCUUAGAGGACUACGACGCGUACUGUUCCCGCGCGAAGCUUAUAACAAGUGUUCAUGCCACUCCUCGCAUACGACCUCCCGAAUUUCAGACGUCAUCCACUGAGGAAGAGGGAGAAUCAUCCACGAUAUCGAUACCGGUUUCGAUUCCAACACCAGCUGUGGUGCCGCCGCCACCACAUAUUACGCUACCUGUCCCAACAUCUGCAUCAUCGCCUCGCAAACCCUCUCCUACGCCACCGUCGCAACCUCUCCAAUCAUCACAAGCGAACACAUUGCCCUCAUCAAUCUCUACGAGUACUGUGUCUAGCAAAGACGGCAAGGAGCGCUUAUCUCCGCUUGGGACUGCAAAUUCCAAUGUUGCGGGCCCAGCUGCUGCCGCCACAACCAAAGCUGUCAAGCGAUCCGCAACCUCAGCCAGCUCCGGGACAGAGAAACGUAAGAAAGCGUUGAAGCGUCUAUAAGAGCGCGCUUUGUACAUACAUCAUGAUCUAGGACAUUGGUGCAAUAGGGGGACCAUCUUGUGCACAUAGUAGUUACUAGUUCUGUUCUUUGUUUCCUGUCGAUAUGGCUGUCGUAUUUGUUUUCUCAAUAACAUAAUGACUAAUACACAAGCUUGAUAUUAUAAGC